UGUCACGUCUUCCCUGUGGCAGAUACUGCUGCUGCUGCUGUGUAAUAUGAAGACAAACUGGAAAAACCCGAUAACGCUGCCUAGUGCUGUGCACUGCCCUGUGACUCUGGCUCAGCCCGGCCACUCCUUCCCAGGAACCACUCUGUAGAAACUAGACGCUACCCACUCUGUAUCGAAAACGAUUCCUUCCGGAAAUAUCAGCGCUUCACUGGCUGUCCUGGGACCAGGGCUGUAUUACUGCCACCAUCAUGGCUUCAGAUCAGAGUAACCACAUGGUACAGAUGUCUUUACUGGGCAAUAAUACGGAAAAUGUUCGAGAACGAGGAAAACGCAGUAAGAAAAUUUUCAAGAAACCUAUUAUCUGGAUAGCUGUUGUGUUUCUAUCGAUCGUUAUAGUGAUAAUUAUCAGUCUUGUAGUCUAUUCAAAUGUUCAUAUUGAUGAGGAUGAAAAACAGUCUGCGGAUUUACAAUCAAAUAACACUUGCAGGUUCACCGGCUUUCUUAAUGUAACAGAUCCCUGUCUCUGGGAGACAUGGAUAAGAAAUGAAACUUCAUUUCAAAGCAGGAUCACUAAUGUAUAUCAGAUGUCGCCAUCACUGCAUUACUAUUUUAUUGCUGCCACAGUAGAGUAUAAUUCAGUUGAGGAUAACAGAUCUGCAAUUAUUCAGCUGGAUUUUUCCCAUCCAUCAGAGCCCAGGAAGUAUCCUAUAAGUAUAGAGCUAGUGGCAGGGAUCUUGAGGCAAGAUAUGUAUGAUCUAGAUAUGUCUGCAUGCCAAAACUCAAGCAUUUUAAUGGAUCCAUUUCAAGUUCAUUUAUUAAGUGACUGACUGCAAUGGUUUAGCUUGACCCACACCUGACUUUCUUAGACAUUUCAACCAAUGUGACAGUGGUCCUAGGCAUAUAAUUGUGGCUUUUAUUAUCUUUUUUUAUAUAUCGAGAAUCCCGAGUUGUCUAAAACCAUAAACUUGUAUUUAGUCAAACCAACCAUAACACCGAUCCACAAGGAGUUUAACUACUGUAUGAACAACUAGAGUUUUUAAUCAAAUUGACUAAUAUAAGCGGUGAAACGUUUGAUUGAGAUAUUGGGGGUCAUUCCGAGUUGUUCGCUCGCUAGCAGAUUUUAGCAGCAUUGCACACGCUAGGCCGCCGCCCUCUGGGAGUGUAUCUUAGCUUAGCAGAAUUGCAUCGAAAGAUUAGCAGAAUUGCGAAUAGAAAAUUUUUAGCAGUUUCUGAGUAGCUCCAGACUUACUCCUACACUGCGAUCAGUUCAGCCCAUUUCGUUCCUGGUUUGACGUCACAAACACGCCCUGCGUUCGGUCAGCCACUCCCCCGUUUCUCCAGACACUCCCGCGUUUUAUCCUGGCACGCCUGCGUUUUUCCGCACGCUCCCUGAAAACGGUCAGUUUUCGCCCAGAAACACCCACUUCCUGUCAAUCACACUUGUAAAUCUACAAAGUUUUGAGCAAAAAUACUUAGCGCAUGCGCACUGCGUACCAUGCGCACUGCGUACCAUGCGCAUGCGCAUUUUCGCCUUAAUCGCUCCGUUGCGAAAAUUGGCAACGAGCGAACAACUCGGAAUGACCCCCAUAAUGUAAUAUGUCUUGGUCUGUAAUUUGUUUGUUCAUUGUGGUUUAUUUAUUAAUUUACAUUUUAAAUAAUUAUGAUAUAGGUGCAGAUGAGCAAAGAAUGUUGCAGUCAAAUAAAGCAGUUUAUAUUUUCAUACA